GCUGGCCGCCGGGGAAGGGGAGGCUGCUGAGCGAGGGUAGGAGGACUACUUCCCAGCACCCCAACCUCCUGCCAUGUCUGACCCCAUCACUCUGAACGUCGGGGGCAAGCUGUACACGACCUCCCUGGCCACCUUGACCACCUUCCCUGACUCUAUGCUGGGCGCCAUGUUCAGCGGGAAGAUGCCCACUAAGAGGGACAGCCAGGGCAACUGCUUCAUUGACCGGGAUGGUAAGGUGUUCCGCUACAUCCUCAACUUCCUGCGGACCUCCCACCUGGAUUUGCCAGAAGACUUCCAGGAGAUGGGCCUGCUCCGACGAGAGGCCGACUUCUACCAGGUACAGCCCCUGAUUGAGGCCCUGCAGGAGAAGGAAGUGGAGCUCUCCAAGGCAGAGAAGAAUGCCAUGCUCAACAUCACUCUGAAUCAGCGUGUGCAGACAGUGCACUUCACUGUACGCGAGGCACCCCAGAUCUACAGCCUCUCCUCCUCCAGCAUGGAGGUCUUCAAUGCCAACAUCUUCAGCACCUCCUGCCUCUUCCUCAAGCUCCUUGGCUCCAAGCUCUUCUACUGCUCCAAUGGCAAUCUCUCCUCCAUCACCAGCCACUUGCAGGACCCUAACCACCUGACUCUGGACUGGGUGGCCAACGUGGAAGGCCUGCCAGAAGAGGAAUACACCAAGCAGAACCUCAAGAGGCUCUGGGUGGUGCCUGCCAACAAGCAGAUUAACAGCUUCCAGGUCUUCGUUGAGGAGGUGCUGAAAAUCGCUCUGAGUGACGGCUUCUGCGUUGAUUCUUCUCACCCACAUGCUCUGGAUUUUAUGAACAAUAAGAUUAUCCGAUUAAUACGGUAUAGGUAAAAGGAUUGUAGCAACACUGAUGGGUGGGGUCCUAAGAAGUUACAAGGCAACCAAGAUUUCAGUCUUGCCAAUGGUAUGAGGCAGGGUACUAGACUAAUAAGUAUUAAUCACAUAGCAGGAUUUGAUUCUCCUCUUGGUGUAGUCCAUCUUUUGGAAUCCAUAUGUCCUCUCAGCAGAAAGAAAAAAAAAUCUUGCUGUUUUAAGCUGGAGAUGGAUAGUUUAUUAUUACA